UCUUACACAGGUUGAGCUGUUGUCAUUCUGCCGAGACGGGAAUCAAACUACCAAAUGUAAGGCGAUCGCAUCACUUCUGAUGUAUUAUACACGGAUCUAGACUGUAGACUUCACUACGCUUGUCUUUCUGAUUUUCUCCGCUUAGACGAAACAGCAAGGCGAGAAAAAUGACUGUUACUAUCACAAAAGAAAGCUUCUGCAGUUUAUGCAUUCAGCGUCUUGGAGGAACUGAUUACAGUUAGAAAAAGAAGCAGCUGUGAACGACGGGGACACAACUUGACACAAGCUGAGUGUGUGUUUUCUUAAGCGCGGCUCGGUUGUGGGAGAGAAGUGUGUGAGUGCGUGGAUGCGUGGGGGGGGGAUGACGGGCAGGAGUGGAGGAGCGCCCCGGGGAUGCAGCAACCCCAGCCUGCAGCCCCUCCGAGCCACCGUCCCGUUCCAGCUCCAGAGAGGCUCCGUUCUCCUCUGCAGGGAGCACAAAGCUGUUGACAGAAACGCUGCCCGCCCACCAAGACCCACAAUUCGUCGAACUCUUUCUUUGGAUACAAUCGUUGGACCGUAUCUGCAGGGGCACUGGCCCAAAGAGGCAGAGGGCACACCGGUUGCCUGUGUCAAUGACAAAGCCACUCAGACUCCAUGUUCCUGGACAGAGGAGACCCGAGGAAGGAGAACUGUGGGUGGGCACAAGCGCUCAGCAUCUUGGGGCAGUGCAGAGCACUUGAAGGAGGUGGCCAAACUGAGGCACCACCUGCAAAAACGCUCCAGGAAUGCAGGAUAUGAUCUCCCCCACAUCACAUUGCCGGCAGGACAGGCAGCAGGCAUGACUCAGACAGUGCCCAUGAUGUCUCUGAACAGACUUGCACCGCGGCUGAGGCGGAGCGUUGAGGGUCUCAGCUUGGAGCUGGAGGAAGUGUUUGUGUCUGAGAAACCAGAUGAUCAGCAUGAGAUUUUGGAUAUCCCAGAUGGCCACAGGGCUCCCGUCCCCGCUCAGAGAUGCAGCAGCGGCUCCCAGAGUGAACCCUCUCCAGGACCCCUGGAUCCUUCUCUUCUGUCACCUUCCCAGUCUCCAUGUCCUCUUGAUUUUUCACUCCUGUCUGCUUCUAGUUCUCCAUACCACCUGAAUGCAUCACUUUCGUGCCUUUCCCCGCCACUGUGUCCCAUGUUGGAGCCAGAGCCUGCAGAGUGUGGGGGCUUGCGUCCUUCUCCAUCAACAUCGCUUCCUUCAUUUGCACUGGAACCUCCUCUGCAGCAGCCGUGCUCCUCUUCCCCUCGUCCCAACAAAACGUACUCCUUCCAGCGCGAGCCACCAGAAGGCUGCGAGCGAGUUCGAGUAUGUGGGGAAGCAAUGUCUGCCUAUCAAGAUGAGCAUCCCCUCCAGCCAUCCUGUCCGGACCCUAACAAAGUCAACUUUACCCCCCACGGAGGCUCUGCUUUCUGCCCAGUCAGCCUUCUGAAACCCCUGCUGCCCUCCAUGGACCUCCUUUUUAGCGGCCUGUCCGUGUCUCCUGUCACUGGCUGCUCGGGUCAGACGUCUCCUACCAGGAAUCUGGGCAUGCAGUAGUUGGAAAUCUGAACAGUGUCUCUCAGGACUACACAACAAUACACUGCUGGAACACUUAAUAAUGUUUUUAUGCAGACUGACAAUUAAGUAUCUCAUUGCUGUGGGUCUGUUG